AUUGCUUAUUUAUCGAAGCUGAAAAUCAAUAUCUGUUUCGAAAGGUAUAAUGAAAUCGGGGUAAUUUUUAUUUUUGUCGAAGAUAACCAAAACCGAUUUCACCGAAUCAGCUGAAAACAUACUUGUGUAAAAAAAUUAAUUUUUAUACUGGCUUUAACACAUUUGUAAGUUUUAAUAAAAAAUUAAAUGACUAGAAGUGAUCGUAUUUUCGAUGAUAGAAGAAUUUCGGGAAACCAAAAAGAAAAUAAAGCUCAAAAUUUUAAGGGAUAAGAGCAAUCUUUUGUAGCGGCACUGCGGUUGUGGCAGGAGGCUCCUAUAAACGGUGUGUGGGCAAUGACUCAUAUAUCUUCUUAACGCGACAUACAGUGUUUACCUUAUGAUGAAUGGAACGACAAUUCGGAAGCGGAGAGCUCGUGACCAUUUUUACACCAAGAACCGUAUUCCAGCGAUUAAAUCAUUUCUGUAACGCACCAAAUCCACACAAAUUCUUUUUCGAGUAUGUAGCCGGUUUCAAAUCUGAUUUUGUAACAGCCCUGAUUGAAAACAAACCGACUGCAAAUAUCAGGGAAUCGAUAAUAGCGUUGUAUCGUUAGAGUUAGGCUUCAUCGCUAUGUUAUUUGCAAUAUUAACAAAUAACUCAGAAUUUUUUGUUUGUUUGUAAUUAUAACGAAAAUUCAUUAGCAUAAUUAGUUUAUUAUGCUUAAUUUAGGACUAAAAUGAAUGAAAAUUCUAUAAAAACAUAUUGUCGGGCUUGUAUGCGAGUGAUUUUCGAAGGAGCUGUGAACUUGAAUUAUAGCGUAUUGGCUGACGCUAAAACGUUGUUUACUUACUUCACUGCAUGCACGCAACUACGGGCGGAAUUGGGUGAUGAACUUCCUCAAAUUUUAUGUAGGAGCUGCGCACAACACCUUCAAGAUGCCUACAAUUUUAUUAGAAAAGCUAAGCAGACUGAAAAAAAGCUGAAGAAAAUCCUGGCAGAACAGAAAGCAAAGAAUCAUGGUGCCAACGGGCAACAAGAGAAUAUAAUGCACUUCGAAUAUGACCCUCUUGAAGAAGUGGCAACUAUGGAGUGUGGUUCUGACCUGGAUACGGGUUCAGAAAGAAAAGAUGAAGAUGAUAUGAAAGCAGACGACAAUAAUUCUGAACUUGAAGUAACAGAGUUGAAUUUGAUUUCAGAAAGAAAUGAUGAAGACACGGAAGACGGAAUAAAUGACGGCGAUGAUAAAAAUGUUUCUAUCACAAAGGAUAAUUCUAAAGGUUCAGUAAAACAUAACUGUGCGGACAACGAUUUCAUUGUGGAUCUUGAUUCUGAUUAUUCAAUGCAAAGUGAUGAAGAAGAAAAGGACAUUGUGAUUUCAAAAAAUAAUAGAGUAGUACAUACAGGCUGCUCUCUCUGUGAUUACAAAUAUACUACUCUAAGCAAACUGAAAGAACAUAUUUUUCAGAUGCACAAAUCCCACAUUCUCUGCUUAAAAUGUCCAAAAGUUUAUGAGUUCCCUAACGAGUUGCAGAUGCAUGAAUAUCUUGUACAUGCCACAGAAUCACCAAUGCAAUGCAAUUGGUGCAGACAAACUUUUAAAAGAGAAGAGUUGCCUAAACAUUUUCAGAACAGACACUGGGAUGCACAUAAAAAAUAUUUUCCACAGAAUAGAUCCCUCGGUCAGAGUACCUCUGAUACUUCGGAAUUCCCUUGCGAAUCUUGUGAAAAGAGUUUUCCAUCCAUACUAGAAUUAGCUGACCACACCAAAGAAUGCAAGUUUAACUGUCCAAUAUGUUUAAAGAGCUUUAAAAAGCUAUGUUCAUAUAGGGCACACUUAAGACGUAUACAUGAUCGAACCAUUAGGAGUAUAAAGAAAGAAUUUAAAGGCGGACAGGAGCAACAAGAGAGUACCAUUCGAGAAGAAAUGGAGUCUGAAAGCAAUCAACACUCAGAUAAGGAGGACAACAGUACAAAACUCUAUGCAUGCCCAUUUUGUGAUAAACUAUUUAAACAUCGAACUUCUUUUUACAAUCACAAAACACAGGAGCAUCAAGAUAUGACAUCGACUGAUGACAAUAGCACAUCAGCUAAUGUUGAAAUAGAAGAGAGUAAAUUAAAGUAUCCGGAUAAAAGUGCCAAAAAAUUCUUGUGUUCGUUUUGCCCUCGCGAUUUCAGUACUGAAUUAUCUGUUAAAUCGCAUGAGAAAAAGAUUCAUUUGGGCGAGAGACCAGAGCAAGAACCGUGUCCAAUAUGCAAAAAGAAAUUUGAUCCGAUAUAUUUAAAGAAACACAUGCAAAGUGUGCACACUUCAGAGCGCAAGUUUAUUUGCGAUGUUUGCGGUGUUUCUUUUAAAAGUUACCUACUGAUGUACAGCCAUAAACUAUUGCAUUUCGAGCGUAAUUUUCAAUGCACGAUAUGUAAGAAGAAAUUUAUACGUUCAAGUGAUCUGAAAGUACACAUGCGCAUGCAUACCGGAGAGGAGCCAUUUGCUUGUCAUAUUUGCGACAAACGAUUUAAAAUUAGAGUGCGUCUUACCUAUCAUCUAAAACAACAUGAGGGCCACAAGUGGAAGUGCAAAGAAUGUGGCAAAGAGUUUAAUCAGAUUAAACAAUUGAAAAAUCACUCAUACAAACACACUGGUAUGCCGUACAGAUGUUCCUUGUGCCAUUAUGCUUGUGCGGAGCGAAAUAAUCUUAGAAAACAUUUACAUCGUGUGCAUAAUAUGACGUUGACUAAUGAAGAAUACAAUGAUAUGUUCAGAGAGAACACUGGCCGGAAUUCGCAUGUGAAAACUUUGGAGGAAUUGAAAUUUGAAGAGCAGAGCUUGGAAUUAGAAUUACAAGCAGAAGAUCAGAGUAAUAAACACGAUGAGUCAAGUUAAUUAGAAUUCUUGUAGUGCGAGACUACCGAGAAGAGGAUUUUCAUUAUAAGGAUAUGUACAUAUGUAAAAUAACUUUCAUUCAUACAAUUUGAAGCUAAUAAAAAAUUGAUGAUGAGGAUUAGAAAGUGUCAUCAUUAUUAUUAUAAA